AUGCACGCCACAUUGAACGAUCGGAAUCUCCAAGUUCCAGACAGAAAAGAAAGACAGACACUUUCGAGAAACGAAAGGAAAGAAAAAAGAAGGAUCCCCUGGUGGGGAGAACGUAUUCGAACAGAACGAAAGCAGCUGAGAUUGGAUGAAAGCGAGCGUGUGUUAUUUUGUGAAGGAGGAAGGACAGACUCAAAAUAUCAGAAGUGGAGAGCCAGCAAAUUAAAGGAACCUUUCCUUGAGAGCGCAGAGAGUGGAAAACAAAAUCAUGUCCGAAAAACGAUUGGUCUACCAAACAAUGGAAGGCAUUUCCUUGAUAGGGGAAUAUUGCGCGCACUGUGUACAAAUAGGAUCGGUAUUGUGCUGUGUCUUGAUCUGUAUUGA